CGUAACCCCUACUACGUGAAACUCAGAUGUGAGUUUCGUGUCGAACAACAGAGUCUGUGGAAACGAGCUCUCUGUGUCACCGUGCUUGGUGGUUAACCAGUGAUUUACAUUAUAAUGCAGCAUGUGCUGGCAAUACGCCCCCAGCAGUUGCUGCAGCAGUGACAAUGGCUGUCCACAGGCUCGACGUCGCCGCUCGGCAAACUGCCUCGCGCUACAUUGAAAAACGCCGACAGGACUUUCGUAGAGAGCUUCAGUGGCUGACUCGGGAAUAGCGAAGCUGAAGGGGAACUGCAGGACGAGACAUCGCCAUUUUAGGGUUCGCCUUCAUAAAAAAGACUCCUCUGACCUCAUGUGUUCUGUGAUUGCGCCCUCUGUUUCGAGUUUGUAGCACGCGAUAUUUCUGCGGCUCGCCAUUGCUUCCGUUGACACGUCCCUUGCUACACGAAAAUUGGGACGAUGUUCCCGGAAAACAAGAUAUUUAAAGCAGCCGUUGUUUACUGCUGGUAUACUGUUAGCUUAGGCAGCAGUGGAACCAGCUGUUCGCGCGCAGCAGGCUUUUGUGAUACUUUCGCCGGACACCCUUUCCUCCUCUUUAAACGCCACGGUCGAUCUGAGACGCCACAGAAGAAGGCAUGGUCCAUUCAUUAAGCUCAUUCUCACGGGACUUUGCACUCCACGCGAUUUUUCCUCUUUUCCCACGACUGUUCGGGGCUGCGUCAUUUCUCGUUUUGGAAACUUGCUUUAUUACAGACUCCAUGCCGUCGCGUGCUUCUUCUCAGGGCCACACCCGAGAUCGACUCGCGACCACGGUUCAGAGAGCGGAGCGUCAACGUCGAAACUGUUGCUGAAGCCUUCUUCCGCGAGCAGAGAGGGUGGCUUGCGGCGACUGGCUCGCAGGCUGCCUGGCGUGGACGGGUCAACCGUGGGGUGACACUUUCGUAACUUUUCUUAUGCAUCCUCUUUGAAGGAUUCCUUGACCCACCACAGCGUAUCGUGGUUUUUCAGAUCGAUUUGCGGAUCAACACUGACGCUGUCGCGCGGCUUUUCCUACGCCGGGCACUCCUUUCUACCGCUCUAGCUUGCUCGCGGUCUUGCAGCUCGUCUUGCGCAAGACGUGUCCUGUGGCCGCGGCACCGCGCUCUGUGCUCUUGUACGUCGAUUUCUUUGUUCCAUCGAAGGGUACGCCACUCCUCACCAUUUUUUGUCGGAAUCACCUCAAGACUCCGUGAUUUCCUUCGCGUUUCUUCAAUUUGUUCCGUUUCUUUCGCAAAAUACCCAUGGCGCUCAACAUCACGGCUCCGCCGUCGCCGCUGGCCAGCGACACUGUGACCUCGCCUGCGGCCGGGAAACCCAGGGAAGAUUCCCUUCCAGCUUCUCCGGUUGCGGCGGUUUCUCGCGGCUCUUCCUUUCCCGCUUCCCCGUCUUCAGCAGCUGGACGCACCGAGACUGCUCCUAAGGCCGAAGACAGUCCAAAGGCAGGCAGCCGGCGCCCGUCCUUCUUGAGUCUGAAAAAAAAGCGCACCGAACAGGGCAACGAGGCGGACAACGCCGAGGAGCCCCGACAGAGUCGCCGCAACAGCUUCGCAAACAAAGCCAAGGCGCUGCUGGGAAAGGCCACGAAGGGCGACUCCAAGUCCGUCAACGACGACGAGGUCGACAGCACGUCGGCGGCUGCUGAGGCAAGCGAGAAGACCGAGGAACUCGCUACGAGUCCGAAGGCAGAGUCGCGCACAGAUAAGUGGAGACGCCGUCUGUCUCUGUCGCGCGAUCGCUCUGUCGAGCGCGGUCUCACUGCCAACGAGGAAGGAACUGCCGGCGUCAAGGGCCUAGGGUCGGAGCCUGCGUCCCCGCAGAACGACACGCCUGAGUCUCGUUUGGGCCGUCUGAAGAGAAGACUCUCGCUGUCGAAGGACGGUGACCGGAGCCGGCGCCAGUCACACGUCGCAGAGGCCGAAAAGGGAAAGGCGAACGAAGGCGAACAGUCCGAGAAGCAGGAUGAGGCGGCUAACUCGCAAGAAACGCCUGCGGAUGUUUCAGCGGUGAAAGAAGAAGCAGAGAACGAACCCGCGCCGACGAUGCAAGUGUCUGAAGCCAAGAGCCAGACAGUUUCACCUACGAACGAGAAGUCGGAAUCCCGCAGAGACAAGUGGAGACGCCGUCUCUCGCUCUCGCGCGACUGCUCCGUGGAAAGAAGCGAGAAGGGAGAGAACAUGCCCAAGAGCCCCGCAGCCGAUGAAGAAAGCAGUACCAAACGCUUUCUGCGUCGUCUGUCCAUCUCAUCCCGCGAUGAGAAACGCAACUCCGACUCGGAGCGCGAGGGCGAACCCAAGGAAGGCCGCUUGUCCCGACUGAGACGCAGACUGUCGAUAUCCAAGAAGGAGAAGGAGUCGGAUGAGCAAGCGGAAGAAGGCGCAUCCUCCGAGGUGGAGAAGGAGGGCCGCGGUCGUCGCUUGCUGAGACGCCUGUCUGUCAGCUCGCGAAAGUCUGCUAACGAAGAAGAUGGAGAAGGUGCCCAGGAGAGCACUGCCGCGAAGCUGAAGCGUCGUCUCUCCCUGUCUUCGCGCGCCUCCCGAGCUAGCCGCGAGGGCAGCGUUUGCUCCAACGACGGAGAAGACAAGAAGGAGAGCUCUUCCUUGCGACGGCGACUUUCGCUCCGCUCGCGCUCCCGCGAACCCCCUCUCCCGUGCCCGGCGGGCCAGCAGACCCGCAAGUCUUUGCAGGAGAAAGUGAAGAGCCUGGUGAAGCGCCGGGACAUCCGCGCGGAAGACAUGGAGCGCGUCGAACAGCUCCAUAACCCCGACUAUAAGCCGGGUGCCCACAAAAUCGACUUUGCGUCCAGCGACGAGGAAUCUGAGAGGGAGGACGACUGCCUCGACAAGAAUCCUAGCCCAGGGCUCGCGGCAAACCUCACCGAAGGCUUCGCGGUCUCGUCGGAGUCGUCCCCUAUCGCUUCUGUUCACCCGGAAACUGAGACCCCGCACCUGUUUCCUGUGGAUGAACAAGUCACAGCGAGCCCGAUGCGUCUAGAAACUCCCAAAGACUUUGAAGAGUGGUUGCACACCACCGCGGAGGAGGACGCCGGCGUCCACCUCACACCCGGCGACAUUGAGGAGACUGCCCUGACCGUGCGUUCGCCUCGCACGGAGAAGAAGCAAGAAAAUGACAACGGCGUGUUCGGCUUGUUCUGCUGUGGAGUGGGCUCGCGGGAAACUGAAGAAGAGCGCAGAAGAUGGAAGGAGGCCCUCCGCUACUCCUGCUCCAAGAUGCGUCCGCAAGAAAAAGUCUUCAUGCAGCAGCCUCUUGUGUGCCGGGAGCUUGGCUUCGAUGACAUCGAAUUUAGCCACAAGCUCUGCUAUGCGCCCACAGAGUACUCCCUUGAAAUUGAGAAAGCAUUCUAGAGGGCCGGCCUCGCGAUCCGGGACUCACGCAUGAGGAAGCGUGGGACGUUCUAAAUACUUUUAAAUGUCCAGCAGAAUCGCGGAUGUGACAAUGUUGUAGACGCUGUGAAUCAUUCACACGUGGUUUCGUUUUCUUCCGACUCCGGAAACAUUUUUAGCGACAAACACGGGAGGGCAAACGGGUAGAUCUGAUGCUUCCAUGGUGUAUCUGAGCAGUGGCCGCCUGUGCUGUACACCUCAGGUACCGCUUUCUGCCAUCCUGUGUGAAGCAACUCUAUAAUCCAUUCGUCGCGCUAGCAUUUGCUGCUUAUGUUUUCUGUCUUGCAGAAAGUCGUUUGAGAUUCCCCAGGGAAGGGAGGACUGUGAAGCACAUAUCUGGACCUGAUGGUACACGAGUGAACCCACUUUGUCUUACGUGUCGUGAUGUAUCGUGACGGGUAAUGCGAUUUACCCGCGGGACGUGUUUCUUUCAAGUCGGCGUAUAUUCAGAUCAUCGUGGAUAAGAAGUGGCGGGACUGCUUUGAGAUUCCCUGCGUGAAACGGGUGUAUGAGUGCGUCAGUGCCUUAGGAAACGUUCAACUCCUGUUCGGUUUUUCCAACAAACAGUUGUGCCUCCGUUCUCUCCGGAGACGUACCAAAAGGCUAGAUGCUCUGGAUAGUGUUACCCGAAGUGAUUCACCGUUGAAAACCUUACAAAAAUGUACCGCUGGAUGCGCACUUCAACUUUUACGUCAGGACGGCCUAAUCAGAGCCCGAGACAGCAACG